AUGUUACAAACAGGUGAUACAAAUCAAUGGGAUUUAACCACAUUACUUAAUGUUCUUCGUGAAACGAAACCUAAAAGACAACUUAAUAAAGUCGACAAACAGAGAAUUACGAAAGAGAACAAUGAUUUAUUAACAAUAACGAAUAUUCGAAACAACAAUGCUCAUCAUGCAUCAAAAUGUGUCUCAGACACUGAAUUCGAAACUAUUUGGUCUCAGUUAUCAUCAAUAUUGAUUUCAUUCGAGGAUGAUGCGGAUGAAAUCGCUGAAUUAAAAUUAAAUACGAGUGACGCCAAACAGAAGGAGCCCAUUAAUACUGUAAAUACGAUUGAAGCAAAACGUUUGAAAGAUCUCGGUAACGAAGCAUACAAACAAAAGCACUUUGACGAAGCAAUAAAAUGGUUCUCACAAGCACUCGUUCUUGCUGGCUUGAGUGAUUAUGAUCGAUCUAUUCUGUAUUCAAAUCGAGCUGCUGCAUAUCUGGAGAAACAUGAAACGUCAGAGGUUACUUCGUCGAUGGACUCUCGAUAUCUUGCUCUACAAGACGCUGAGCAUGCACGUGAUCUUCGACAAACUUGGCCAAAAGCUCAUUUUCGUAUUGGGCAAGCGCAUGUCGCACUCGGUGAAUAUGAAAAAGCUGUUCACUCGUUUGAUAAAGCGCUUGCGCUCGAUCCAACUAACAGUGAAAUGAGAAAUUUUCGUGAUUCUGCUCUUGAAAGAAAACAUUACUAUGAUCGAAAGGAUCAUCUGAAUCGGCAAAAUAUGCCGAGAACGACUCGCGAGCAACUUAACGACUUGUCAAAAAUAUCUGGAUAUACUAUUCAACAGUGUGAAAAAGUGAUUGAUUUCAUCAGAAAAGAUGAUCCAGGCAAAGAUGCUGUGUUUACUGGUCAUCAGUAUCGAGAUGGCGAUGAUAAUGUCAAACAAAAUUAUGAAUUAGCUGCCAGAUUUUAUUCAAAAGCUGCCGCUCUUGGCAAUGCUGAAGGCAUGUACAAUCUUGCUUUACUUCACCAGCAAGGAUUAGGAGUUAAAAAAGAUAUACAAGCUACCAUCGAACUGUUGGAACAAGCAGCCGCUCAGAGUCCUACAAUGUCAGACAAAUUGCCCAUCCCGAAUGUUGGUGUAGCAGAAGCUGAACAUUCUUUGGGACUGCACUAUGAAACAGGUGUCGGUGUCGAAAUGAAUUAUUAUAAAGCGGCUCAAUGGUAUCAACGUGCAUCAGAUCAUGGUAGUGCAACCGCCGCCAAUAAUUUAGGGCUUAUGUACGGUGCUGGCAAAAGUAUUGCCAGAGAUUUGGUUAAAUCAGAGCAACUACUUCGCUUAGCUGUUACGCGUGGCGAUCAAAAUGCGGCAAUGAAUUUAGCUCUAUUGUUCUCCGAGAAACAAGACUUUCAAGCGGCAGAACAAUGGUGUCGAUUUGCAAGUGAAAAUAACAAUAUAUUGGAUAGAAGCCAUUUGAAACACAUUCGAGAUGCAGCUGAAAAACAACGUGAACUGUUUAAGGGGACCCCCCCCCCUUUCCGAGGUUUCUCGAGAACGGCUCGAUGAAAUUUUCUGAAACUUUCAGGGUAGAUAGAUCUCGAUGAGUAGAGCAAAAGUUGUUACAGGCUCAGAAUUCGAAGAUGCUGCCUUUCCAGAGAUAUUUGCGAUCCAAGGGCGAAAAAUGACCUGAAGUUUUCCCCCCCGCAAAACUCUUAUACUGCAUUGUUUCGAGCUGAAAUUUUUUCUGCAGAAACUAGGAACAAAUUGGGUUGGCCGUUUUUUUUUUCUUCGAAAAAUAUCGUUCCUAAUGGUCAGGAGAACCAAAUCACUGACGGCACUAUCAAAAAAUGCGAUUUUUUUCGUUUUUUUCGUAUAGUGCCAAUUUUGUGGUACCUAGUAAAAUUCCUUAAGAAGAAUAUUUUCAAGAGAAAAAAAAAACGGCCACCCCAAAUUAUUCGAAGUAUUCACAGUAAAAAUUUCAGGUCGAUUGAUUGCGGUACGAGAGGAGAAAAGGGGGGAAAACUUCAUUUUUGUGCUGAAAAAACUUAUUUUGAGAAAAACGCAAAGAAAUUUCUGUUUUUUGGUUUUUUCAGCAUAUUUUGUGAUUUUUUUCGAAGUUUUUUAUAUAUAAGAUGUGGAUUUUCAGUUCUCAAAGUGUACUCAAUGGAUAGAGGGCAUUUAAAUCUAUAUACUAAUCACAAAAAAUGAAAAACAAAAAGUGUGAAAAUUUUGAGUCGGGAAAGGGGGGGGUCCCCUUAAAUCUGUUCCAUUAGAAACAGGUGCUACGGU